UUGAAAAUUAAAUUAGUUGAUUAGGCUUUAUUACUUUGCAGUGUCAAUGAAAAAUCUGAAGGAAGAGGUUAUCGCCCCAGCUUCUUAUCAGCUUUUUUGGAGCUGAGGAGUUGGGUUGAUAACGUCUUGAUUGUUCUUUUUCGUGUUCUCUGUGGUCACAGAAUGAUGUUGGAAGUAGUGUUGGUGAUCAGCCCAAUUUUUACUCUGUUUAUUUCCUUCUAUUCAAGAAGGAUCCCAAACCUUUGUUGGAGUAAAGAACAUGGGCAGAACACCAAGCUAGUCCACAGGAGAUGGCGCAGAUUUUGGCACAGUUGGGUCCCGAUCUCCACCGGCGUCGGAGUCUCGGUGCUGGCCGUGCUACAAUGGCGCAGACUACAGAGAGAUAACGAGUACCCAGAACCUCUCGUCAAGGAAUUUCAGAUUACCUGUUACCGAUCUCUACCGUUGCGUCUGUGGUCUCGUACGUGGGGUUGGUUGUGUAACUGUCAUGUUCCGCUGACACUGCGCUCCUACGUUUACGGCCUCUACUCGUCCAUGUACGGCGUUAACCUUGACGAGAUGGCAGGAGAUCUCUCAGACUAUCCGAGCCUUGGACAGUUCUUCACUCGUCAACUGAAAGACGGAACAAGACCUAUUGACCCUGUUGACUGCAUUGUGUCUCCAGCUGAUGGCAAAGUCCUCAACAGUGGCAGAAUAACUUCUUGCCACGUCGAACAAGUCAAAGGAGUAACAUACAACCUUCAAACUUUUCUCGGCCCACCUACUUGGAAGACUGCUAACUCAACACGAAGUAUCAACCGCUCGAAUACCAAAUUCACAGAAGCGACCCAUCUAGCCAGGACUGACGAGAACGACAAUGAACUCGUCAAAAGUAAAAUCAACGUUGAUAAUUAUAUUAUUCCCGAAACGUUUUGGGGGGGAGUGGAUGUGGUGAAGUAUCUGUUCAAAGCCCAGCAAGAGCAAGAAGAAUGUAUCAAGGAUGUGUGGGAUGAUUAUAAAUCACAACUUUUAUCAAACCCUGACAAUGUUCUGUAUCAAGCGGUCGUGUACCUAGCGCCCGGAGAUUAUCAUCGGUUCCAUUCUCCAGUCAACUGGAAAGUCAACUUCAGGAGGCAUUUUCAAGGAGAGUUGAUGAGUGUAAAUCCGCUAAUCGCUGGCUGGUUGCCUGGGCUGUACAGUCUGAACGAGAGAGUCGUCUACGUUGGACAAUGGAAACACGGCUUCUUCAGCAUGACUGCGGUGGGAGCUACGAGCGUCGGCUCCGUCAAAGUCUACACUGACAAGACUCUUCAGACUAACACGUUCAGAUGGAGGGACGGCAAACACAAAGACGUAGAGAUGAACUGUUCAUGGAGCAAGGGAGAACAGGUGGGAGAGUUCAGGAUGGGAUCUACGUUGGUGUUGGUGUUUGAAGCUCCAAGAGACUACAAGUUCAACCUGUGUCCCAACCAAACUGUGAGGGUUGGCGAACCUAUGUCUGGCUGUAAAAUAUGAAGAGGUCUGAGAAAAGACUGGAAUGUAUUUUGAGACUAGACGGUGAGUGAGACUUCUUUAUAUUUAUGACUCGUUGAUUUUGACUGGAGAUCUCAAUAUUCGCCCCAAAGCUGUAGAACAGGUAGUUUACCAGUUUGAGUUUUCCCUUUCAAAUAUCAAUGAGUGUGAAACCGAAAGUAUUGUUUUGAGAUGUAACAUGAAAGCCUAAAUCUUGCAAAAUAUCAUACGUAGUAAUCAUAUUAUUCGCAAACACUGUUUUUAUCAAUAAAACAAACAUAAUUAUGGAAAUUGAGUGUCAAAACAUGUUAAAAGUCAAUGUUUAAGAUAGAGAAUUGUUAAUGUUAAAAUCAUUCCAUCAUUACAGUUAUAACCCUUUAGUGCCUUGUGAAUAGUAUAUUACUUUGGAUUUAUGUAAUUAACUAAUGAAUAGUUUUGAAAGCAGUGUUAUCAUUUAAGUUUCCUCAAUAUUGUGUAGGGUAAUCAGGGGAUUGAGCUCAUAAUGAUUUGGAAAAUCUUUUCUGGUCAUCUCCAGCUAACAUAGUUUAUAGUAUAUAUUUAAUAGAAUCUAGAAACAGAUGUUAGUUAAAUGCUUUAGCUUGAGCCUAAAAUCACAAUCGUCUAAGUAAUUUGCAUUACAUGUGGUAACAUUCAGAACAUAUGGUUGCCGAUUGAAGUAGAAUGAUUUAUGUUUUUUUUAAAUAUAAGUUUUCUUAAACAGAAUACCUUGUUUUAACUGGACUUUGACAGACAAGUAAUCUGGGUACAACAAAUAUGGAUAAUAUACAAUGGUUAGGCCUAAUGGAUAAAUAAAGCGAAAUAGUUGGUCUACUGAUAGUUUCAUUCCAUUAAUUAUACUAAGUGAGAUGGAAAAAAGUUGUUGACAUACUAGAAGUUAAGGCAAAACAUUUCCACUUGCACAUCCCUGUAGUUUUACGCCUCUUUGCGACAAACGAAAACAAUCAAUAUUAAGUGUAUAAAAGUAUUGACUCUGAAUACUGCUAGUUUACUUUUGGUCCUAUUGUAAAAUCUUAAGCGUGUUUUGAUGUGCGUUUCCGUCCGGUUUGAGCGCUGAUGUUGCGUAAAAAAUGGUCGACGAUUCAAUCCUGAGAGAAGUCAGUAGCUUUUUGAUGGUCCGAAAAUGGACCCAGCUGUCCUUGAUUAUUGCUAUUUUAAUAAAUGGUCCUGACUAAUGAAAAAGCUGUCUUACAGUAACAAAGCUACACAAGGCAUCUCACAUCAUUCUACACUCAUCCUUCCUUCAUAUUUGGGUUAAAACACGCUUAUGGAUGGGAUUCCUAUCGCAGUUGGUAAUAACCUAAUAUUUUGAAUUUUAAAAUAUUAUUUUAUGGUGAAUUUUACUUUACUUCUCCAUCAUAACACGUUCACUGCGGGCGUAUCCGAUCGGAUACGGGCCGAGCGCUGUUCAGACGCUGCCGUAACCGAUCGGAUACGCUCGGCAAUGCCUUCCGUAUAUCAUCGUUUUUGCUCUAGCGUCGGUCGAAGGCAGACCUAUUCCACGUUAGCGUGUAGUGGGUGACUUGCUUUUUGUUGUGUUGUAGGUUGGUAGUAAAAUUUCCCCAUAAAAUCCCCGUCUGGCAAACUUAAAAAUCAACUUGUCUUUCUCCCUCUAAUUGGCAAUACGAUGGGACCGGCUACGUUCCAAGCAGUGCUGCUAUAUGUGAGUGUUUAGCGAACUACGUCGACUCUUGUUAUAAAACAGGACAUCACCGCACGUUAUUUGCUAUUCGUCAUACCGAAAUAUGAGAGCCAAAUACCCGGCAAUCGGGUUUGUUCGACGCUGCGGGCUGCGCAGCACUGGGGCUACGCCUGCCAUUUGAUGGCCCGCAGCGAAUGUGUUAAUAUCAUAGUAGGCUACAAUGGUUCACAAACACAUGAUUUGAUGUUCAAACGGUUCUAAAUUGGUUAUCAAGUACUGAGGAAAAAGUAAACAUCAUAAUGCACUGCAUAUUCUGAACAUAACUGACAUUAAAUUGCCUUCAGCUGAUCUAUAAGAAUAAUGAAGAAUGAUAAAUCUGUUGUGGUGUUAAAUCUAUGAUAACGGUUAGUUUUUGUAAUAUUCUCCCAUUAAACCUCAGUCAGUCCCCCGUUUAGAUAUUAGGCUUUGAAGAAACUAUACUUAGAAUUUUAUGUUUUGUUACAUUAUUAUUAUUGUCUGAAUAAAACAAGGUAUUCUGUACAACGGCACUUAAAGGGUUAGUUUCCAUCAGUGUGAAUUCCAACAGUAUUUCUGACUCGUGGUAUACUAGACUAACAGUUCCUACUACGUUAGGUGGGUUAGUUAACCUCUGUGAGGCGAUGAGUAACUUAUUUUAAGAUUUUAUUAGAGAAAAAUCAUUAAAAUUGUGACAAAAAUUCUUAUCCGGUUUAAGAGUCUUAAGCAAAAAAAAACCCUAAUUCGUUUCAACAAUGUGGAAUUUUUAUACAGAUAUUUAUUACUAUAAAUCAGUACCCUUGUAUUAGUUUAAAAUUAAUUUAGUUAUUGACGUAUUUAUAGGAAUAUUUUCCUAUGUUUACACACUUUUAUACAGAUUGUAACUUAUUGUGGUAAGACUGGUGCCAUUUGAAAGAGAAUGUGAUAUGAUAAAUAAAGUAUA